CGAUAAUGACGCACCGGGCGGUGACAGAAAGUAGGUGGGGGCGAUCUAGUACUGGGAGAGUACUCAGUACCGGUGUGUAACUCUGGGAUCAUGGCGGCUCAGACCCAGAGGCCCAUUAAAGGCAUUCUAAAGAAUAAAGGCCCUGAGAGGCAUGGGGUGCGUGUCAUUAGCAAGCCAGAGACGGCUGCAGACCGGGACGAAGACCAGAGUAAAAAGUCCCAAAAAUGGGAUGAAAUGAAUAUCCUUGCUACUUAUCACCCUUCUGACAAAGACUAUGGGUUAAUGAAAAUAGAUGAACCAAGCACCCCAUAUCACAGGAUGAUCGGAGAUGAUGAUGAAGGAGCAAUGAGUGAUUCAGAAUCAAAUGAAGACCUAACUGCAGAUGUUCUAGCGAAAAAGUUAGCAGCAGCAGAAGGAACAGAUCCUAAAUUCUUGGCUCAGAGUGACAGCAGUGAUGAGGAGGAGGAUGAGGAGCUGACACCAGAGGAGAGAGAAAAAAGAAAGGAAUUUGAAACAAAAAGGAAAUAUCAUUAUAAUGAGGGCAUGAAUAUUAGACUCGCCAGACAGUUGAUUGCAAAGGAACUGGCUGGGGAAAUUGAUGAGGAAGAAGAUGAAGAUGAAGAGAUGCAAGAUAUGACAGACCGAAGCUCAUCCUGACCAGCUAUGGAUCAAUCAUCAUCAUCAUCUAAGUGGAGGCUGCACUGCAUUGCUUGCUGAAGCCUUUAUAUUGCAACACCAGUGCACUGAUCUGCAAUUGUAUGGACUUAAAUGAAGCAUAGAGGGGAAAAGAUACUUCACAAUUGCCAAUGUUGUUUUGUCAGACUCUUUAAUUUAGAAACAAAUUCUGUUCCAUUACUGAUUUAAUGGUUUGUCUGACAGAUACUGCCCAAGAAAUCAGAAAGUAUUGGUUAAGAGAACGAGUUUCCACACGCAGAGUUACUACACACACUAUUGUUUGCCAUUUAAAUAAUAAUAUCAGGGUGCUUAGUAUUUGGUGCAUGUUGGCCACUAGGUUUAUAGGUGUGGGGGUUUUUUUCGUUUUUUUUUUUUUCACAUAAAACAAAUAAAAACACAACACACGUAUAAGAUUCUAAGAUCAAUGUUAUUUAAAUAAAAACAUAUAUGUAUUUUUGUGAAGUUUUUGGAUUGUAUCUAAUAAAUGCUGUUUAUCGGCAAACCAUCAUUUUUGAAGACAGGAAGUACACCUUGAAUCACAUAUUGCACAGUUUCUUUUAAUUUUUUCCUGCUUUUUUCCUUAAAGAGAAUUUGUUUUGUUUUUUAAGUUGAAAUAUUGGCCAAAUUUUUAUAUUAAGUAUAGGAUACUCUCAUUUAAGUAUUACCCAUACUGAUAUCCAAAGAUUGUCAUGUUUGCUCUUGUACGUGAAGAAUUUCUAAAAUACAGGUAUUAAAUGAAAUCUGUUUCUAUGAACGGAAAUGGCCAGCAACAUCCCCUCUAAUUACUGUGCAAAAGUGUAUUCGUACAUUUUCUGUGCACGCCACAAUUUGCUGUGUGAUCUGGUGUCAUAGAGAGGGAACUUUGGCCAACAUGAUUUUAACUACCAUCACACUGAUUCAAAGCCUUUAACUUUCUAUACAAUGAACCGAGUACUUAAGAGUAUAAUGCCAUGCACAAAAUCCUUCAGUAUGUAUAAAAGUACUUUUUGUUAAUAUGGUUUGGACCAUUAAUAACCAAUCCCAAAGCACUUAUGGCAGAUGUUGCCUCUAUCUGGCAAAAAUCCAAAACACCUGACUCAAUCAACACAAGCCAAUUAGGAUAUUGCGUGUUUGUUACAAAAUGCAGAAGAUAAUGAAGAGGGCUAAACAAAUUCUAUUACAUAUGGAUGUGUAGCAUACAAUUGGAAAGACUUAUUAGGCUGCAUCAUUGACUAUAUAUGUUAAAUUUGACAUUGUCUGUAUUCUAUGUAGUCAAGGUAUACAAAGUAUAAGAAGAACUAUCUAAUUAUAGUUGCAUAGUUUUCCUUAUUAUAUUUUUUGGUUUGAAAUACAGUUCUGCAGGUAUCUGAUACCUAAAAGGUUGCGUGAAUAUGUGCUGCUAAACUACUGAAACAUCCUGUUUCUGUUAUCUGUAUGAUGUCAAUAAAUGAUAAGAAGGA